AUGUCUGAACCGUCAAAGAAAGUCCAAGGAGUGGUAAAUAAAAGCUUCAAUGCAAUCCCUUGUGGAGAUAUCAGUGUCAAAGAUCUGAAAGAUAUUUAUUCAUGUCUUCUGUACUGUCUGGACCUGAAAGCUGAACGUGAAAGAGAGCACAAGCUGCUCAAGCUGGCGUUCAAAACCUACCACCCGUACUCUUUCAGCUUGGAAACAGGCCUGGCCGCGAUGCAAAAGCUGAGGAUUCACCUCGAAAACACAGCCACCUGCAUCGACAUUUCUUAUGAGAUCAAGGCAAAAACAGCAAGAGAACUACUCCAGCUGUUUAUGAACGCACGAAUGCUACACUCACCUGAGGACAAAACCCGGUCAAAACUGAAGUCCGGAGUGCUUCUCCAGCCUACGCCCAAGGGAGUCGCCAUUCUAAGCUCGUUCUGCUCAAAAUACGGCAUCCGAGGGCACAAUCUUGUUCCCGACAUCCUUAAAAGUAACCUGAAUUCCAUGGAGCUCAUCACAUUCGAACGCAACUCCAGAACAGGCGCCAUUGUGCAUAGCGAGUAUUGGAACAAGGUGCUUUUCCUCCACCUUAUGGGGCCGACCAAAAAUUUCUGGUCGCCCAAUAUGCCGCCCGACGAGCUGCCGGACUUAUCAAGAAGCUACAUCGAAGAGACCUUUGGGACCGCAAAUGGAUUUGGUUCGUUUGAAAUGACGUCUCAGGAUUCGUUCUACGCGUUCCUGAACGAAAAAAGAGCAAGUGCCCAGCCAGUAGAGUUAGAGGAACAGGUCGAGAAAAUCGAAAAAAACCCAGUUUCGCCUUUCCAUCACAGAUUCUUCACCAAUCCAGAUUCAGACUCUCAUGUUCAAUAUUAUGUGUCUUCGAAGGGUGUCCGUCUUUUCCACAAUAAAAUAGUCGAGAGGCCAGAUGGUAGCAAAGAAAAUAUGGGCACCUGUUUCACAGGUAAGGCGGUAGUGCAGUGGCUGCUCGAUUGCACCGACGUAUGUUCACAUGGGGAGGCUGUUAGAGUGGCUGGGCUGCUCUGGGACAUGGGGCUGUUCUACUUGCUGAAUGGGCAAGACUUCCCUAAUGUUUCCAAAUUCAUCCCUCGUAGAAACGCUUAUUAUUUUCUGACGAAGGAGGGCUCAAAGCUGGUUCAUUGGACACUACCAGACAGAAUUCCGACGCUGUCAGAUGAAGAGUCGGAGACAGAGGGUCAGACGCAGCAGUCACCGACGUUGCAAAUCUCUUUGAAAGACGUGUUAGAGGACCCAGGAAUGAAAUACCAGUUUCGCACACAUCUUGUUGACGAAUUCUCUGUGGAGAAUUUGGAGGUAUACAAUGACAUACAGCUGCUCGAAAAAAAGUUCAAGGUACUUAAGAAGCUACUCAAACUAAAGGAACGGGAGAAAAUGUUCCUUUUGCGGACGCCUCUGCGUGCAAAACGCAAAGCUACCAUUUCCGCAGCUGUCAUCAAGCUGUCCACUGAUUGUCUCAGCGAUGCGUUCAACAUCUACACAGCCUAUCUGGCGCAGGGCACCCCAUUCGAACUGAACAUCAACUCUAGACUUCGGACAGAUAUCAGCCGCAAGAUGGUUGCGUCGGAGCAGCGUGCUCCCAAAGAGGUGAGAAUAAAUACAGAGAUCCAAGUUCCAACUCCCCCACCCAAGACGGACCUUCCUGUCAACAAGAAGGACCCGACUCAGCUCACCUUGGACUUGCAGAGCAUCAAAUUCGUGGACCCUCCAGCGCCAUCGCCGACAGACUACUCGAUUGCUCCAGUUCUGGAGUCACUGGCAGGAAUCAUGCCGCUCUACGAGGAGGUGAAGAGACACGUUUUUGAGCUGAUGGCAAAGGACUCGCUGCCCAAGUUUCUCGAAUCCGACAUACUCAAGGAACUCCCUGUAUCGAUCACCAAACAAGCUAGAUGA